AUGGCCGGUGUUCUCGCCGUCAACGACCUCGCCGUUGGCGAACGUCUCUACUUCCCCAUCAACGCCUCAGGAUGUGGUCUCUCUCCCUUCGACUCAUGGCUCCUCCUCCGCGGUGUGAAGACCCUGAAAGUUCGCAUGGAUCAGCAGCAAAGUAAUGCGCAGCGCAUUGCCGAGUUCCUUGAGUCCCAUGGCUUCAAGGUUCGCUAUCCUGGUCUGCGCUCGCACCCGCAGUACGAGCUUCACAACAGCAUGGCACGCGGUGCUGGCGCCGUGUUGUCGUUCGAGACUGGUGAUGUAAAUGUCUCCGAGCGUAUUGUUGAGAGUGCAAAGAUCUGGGCUAUCUCGGUGAGCUUUGGCUGUGUCAAUAGUUUGAUUAGCAUGCCGUGCCGGAUGAGCCAUGCUAGUAUUGAUGCGAAGACGAGGGCGGAGCGUCAGUUCCCUGAGGAUUUGAUUCGCUUGUGCGUUGGUAUUGAGGAUGUGGAUGAUCUUAUUGAAGAUUUGCAACGUGCUCUUGUGCAAUCUGGCGCAGUCAAGGUGACUCUGGAUGGCUUUGAGGCUAACUCGGCGGCUACGACUGCGUAG